UUCAGAUAGAAAAGAGAGACGGCCAUGGAUGAAGGAAAUGAAACAUAUGUGACCUAUUUUAUUCUAGUUGGACUCUCAGAGUAUCCCAGAGCCCAAGUCAUCUUCUUCUGCUUGCUCUUGAUGUCCUAUCUUAUCAUCUUGCUUGGGAACAGCCUCAUUCUCCUCUUGGUCCACUAUGAUUCCUGGCUCCACACCCCCAUGUAUUUCUUCCUCAGUAACCUGUCCUUCUUAGACAUGUGUUACACUUCUUCUAGUGUGCCUCAAGUUCUCAUCAACUGCUUGGUCAGGAUUCCCUCCAUCUCCCUGGGACAAUGUCUGGCACAGAUGUAUGCGGACCUUUAUUUUGGGGUUGUGGAAUGCCUCCUACUGGCUGUCAUGGCCUAUGAUCGUUCCAUUGCCAUUGGAGACCCACUGCGCUACCCCGUUAGGAUGAGUCCCCAGCUUUGUGUCAAGCUAGCAGUCAUGUCCUGGGUGGCAGCUUUUCUUCUGACUGUGGUUCCAACCCUUACAAUGCCACUGGAGUUCUGUGGCCAUCACAUGAUCAAUCACUUUUCUUGUGAACUCUUGGCCAUCCUCAAGGGUGCCUGCAAUGAUCUGGAGUUUUAUGAGUGGUUGAUGAUGGCCACCAGUUCCCUGACUCUCCUUGUACCCUUUGCCUUCAUCCUUGCCUCCUAUGGGCGCAUCCUAAGGGCUGUGCUGAAGAUGCACUCAGCAGAGGGUCAAAAGAAGGCUUUCUCCACCUGCAGCUCCCGUAUAACUGUGGUAGUUAUCUUCUAUGGUACAGCCAUAUCUGUGUACAUGAUUCCCCAGAACAAGGCCAAUCAGGAUCAGGACAAGAUCAUCUCUAUGUUGUAUGGUAUCCUUCCGCCCAUGCUCAACCCCCUCAUCUACAGCCUUCGGAAUAAGGAUGUGAAGAUGGCAUUAAGGAAACUAGUAGGGGAGAAGAAUGUCUCCUAA